CCCGCCCGCGACGCUCUCAGCCCCCGCGCGGCAUCGUCCCCGCGGCAGACCGCGCCCUCCUCCCUCCCGCCGCGAAGUCACUCGGUCGCUCCUCCCGACAGAAGACGACGGGAAGGAUGUCGUUCUCCCUCGACGCGACGCUCGCGCGCGCGGAUCAGAUCUCCGGGCUGCUCCGAACCUCGGACGGGAAAGACAAAGCCAUCGCGCUGCUGCAAUACGUCGCGAUGUUCGCCAGCGGCGGCGAGGCGGGGACCGCGCUCGCGAUACAGAAGAGCCUCGGCGCGGCGAGGAAACCGUUCCGCGUCUUCAAGCCGAUAGAGACGCUGAUGCCGCUCCUGACCGGCGCGACGCUUCGCGGCGGGAAGCGUCGCCCCGGCCAAGACCUCGCGCGCGCGUUAUCUCUCGUCAAGACGCUCGGGAUGACGUUCUACUUCGCAGCGGACCACGUGGUGUGGGCGGGCGCCGCGGGCGUGUUGUCCGACAAAUCACUCGCACAACGCGCGCAGAAAGUGUCGUACUGGUCGUGGUGCCUCGCGUCCUUGGCCGGGCUCGCGACCGCGACGAGGGAGCUGACGGACGCGCUCGACGCGAUGACCGCGGCGACGAAGAAGGACGACGACGAAGAGAAGAGCGCGGCGGCGGCGAAGGCGCAGAAGUUGAUGACCGCCGUCGUCGCCAACGCGACGCAAGCGACGCUCGCGCUCGCGCUGCUCGAGAAGUUGAACCUGAGCAAGCGGCAGGUCGGGGGGUUGGGGGUGUUCUUGUCGCUCUUGAACUGCUACACCAUGGCGCCGGCGCUGAAGCGGAAGACCGCGUGACGACGAGGAGGGGGCGACGUACUUUUCAUAAACCUGAUCCAAAAAAAA